AAGUGGGACAAUGGCCAGACGAUGUAAAGGUCCUGGACCCACAAACGCAUCCUGUCCACAAACUUUUGCCUUUUCCUCCCCUCCAGCCACUGCUUGCUCCUUCGGCGAGAGUUGUAUGAACCGCUCAAUGACGAGCCUCAACAACCUCCUCAACCCGGAGAGCGGCUACGAGAACAACCUCAGGGCCCCACAGUCCCGAUCGCCAAGCAGCAGCGUCUCCUCUCCUCCCGAAAAUGCAAACGAACGGUCCAACGAGGGAGACUACUACGGGCAGACGAACAUUACUAUCACACCCCACGAGCCGCAUCCAAACUGUCCCGACACUCUGACAUGCCUGCCCGACACAGAUGGCCGGCCACAGCACACGCUCCCCGUCAUCCUGCGUUGCGCCAUCCUGGGCAGCCCCAAAAAGCGGCUCACGAUACGCGAAAUAUACGCUGCGAUGGAGAAGAAGUACCCGUACUACAAGACCGCUGGGCCUGCAUGGAAGCAAUCUGUCAGACACCACCUCUCGCUGAAUCGCCUGUUCGAGCGCCAGCCGCGGCCGGCUACUGACCCCGGGUUCGGCUCGUACUGGACAGUCAACCUUGAUGCCCCUCCGGGGACAAAGAGGCCACGGAAGAGGGGGCGUGCAAACAAGGAGGCAUCUGCGAACGGCCAGUCUGUCCAUCCUGACCAUCUAACUCAUCCUCUUCACGUUCUUCACCCUGGUCAUCCUGUCCAUCCUGUUGUCCAUCUUCUACAACCUGGUCAUCCACUCCAUCUCUCUCAACCCAUACAUCUUACACACCCGAUUCGUGCGAUACCACCUCCUCCAGUACAUGGCAUUCCGAUAACGAACAAGGCGCAUACAUCAGCGAUACCCUAUCUCAAGACCCAGGAGAAGACUCCGGAGCCGGAGUACCGCCCACCACCGAUCGCUACAUUGAGGCCGGUCGAUAGCCGGUCGUUCAGCAAGAUCUCUUCAUUGCGGAGGAACGAGUACUACGACGACGACGACGACGAUGACAUGGACUGGGACGACGACGGUGCCCGUGCGUCGGAAUACGACAGCACGGAAGAUAUGCCUUACCAAUACAAACCCCGGGCGUCCAGCUCAAGUUCGCAUACGCUGUCAAGUCAGCCGAGCCGGCCUGCGCUGUAUGGCGCCUUCUCUGGGCAUUCCAACUCCGGCUAUCGGACUCCUGAUACCCAGGAUCCCAUCAUCGAGCGGCUGAAGAUGGAGAUGGCCGGCCUGCGUAGGCAGUCGACGGACGCAGUUAACGCGUCAUUGCGCAUGUCCAGCCAGCUGUCUGAUGCCCAGGCGGAGGCAUCGCGGGCACGGGCCUCCCUCAAGGUCGCGGAGAGCAGAAUGGAUGAGGAGAUUAGGAGACGGCGGGAAGCCGAGCACGUUGCGGAGGAAGAAGCACGGCUGCGACUCGCUGCGGAAGAUGCACUCCGAGCAUACCAGUUGCAGCGAAGGCCUCCUGGGUACUCGUCAUCGCGUUCUUGAAGGGAAGGAAGAAGAGCAAGCCAUGUAUACCGCGCAUUCUUACGUUAAUUUCUUCACUUACGGAACUGGUCUCUCCAGGUAUCGGGCAGGAUUGUUUUCGGAAUAACAAUUUCCUCGCGAGGGCCGACUGUCGCAGUGUAUAAGUAGUUCUUGAUGAUACCAUUAUGUACGUGAGGUUAUUCUGUUGCAGUCUG